GGGGCGGGCCGCGGGGGCGGGUCCACGCCUCUGACCCCCGGGCGCGCUGUCCCACCCCUCUCUCUGCCCGCAGGCACCGGCUGUCUGGUCCGCGCCGUGGAGAUGGCCGCCCAGCGCCAGGCCGAUAUCAUCGGGAAGCCCAGCCGCUUCAUCUUCGACUGCGUGUCCCGGGAGUACGGCCUCGACCCCGAGCGCACAGUCAUGGUGGGAGACCGCCUGGACACGGACAUCCUCCUGGGUGCCACCUGCGGCCUGAAGACCGUGCUGACCCUCACCGGGGUCUCCACUCUGGGGGACGUGAGGAGUAACCAGGAAAGCGACUGCGUGGCUAAGAAGAAGAUGGUCCCUGACUUCUAUGUCGACAGCAUAGCAGACCUUUUGCCCGCCCUUCAAGGUUAAAGACCUAGUGUCUUUAAUCUCCAGAAUAAAAAAACAAAACAAA